CGUACAACAUGCAUAUCACGAUCAAGACACAAAAUAUUUUAUUGGUACGCAACCACGAUCCCAUCCUUAUGCAAAGUCACAUAUUAGCAUACACGUGCGCUCUGCCAAAAUCCGCCACUCAACGAAAUCGGUCGCAAAGUCGUAAAGUUGUGUGUCUAGAAGGAGGAGGAGGAGGAGGAGAUGGUCGGCAGAUUCCCAACCGCAGCCCAGAGGAA